GAAAAAGGAAAAGGUCAAUUUAGGGAAGAAGAGAAAGGAAAAAUAGCAAUCGAGUAGGGUGAAGAAAAGGGAAGAAAAGUUUGCGUACACGGUCAAUACUACUCAUUGAUCGUAAGGGGGUGGUGACGUGUAAAUACGGUAUUGGCUAGAAUAAAACAAUAACAAAUAAGCAACAACACAACACAAAUCCCCCUUCCAUCACAACACGCACAGCACGCAUUUACAUACAACCUUUACAUAUAGAGAGAGAAAGGGUGAAGGGGGUCGGUCGGGGGAGGGGGAGGGGCGCUCCAGAGAGAGAGAGAGUGUAGUUAUGGAGUGAAUGAUGGAAGGGGUGGCCAUGUUACGGCAACUUAUUGGCCAGUUACAAGAGGUUUUGGAACUCUACGGUUCUCCUCCUGCGCUCUCUUCCAAUUACUUCAUUCAGUUUCAACCCACAUCGCACCACCAACCUCUCAGAUGGUGUUUCUUGAAUCUUGAAGGUAGCUCCUUGGAAGACAGUUGUUGCAACAUAAUAAUGACUGCUGGUAAAUCUGAAAAUCUAAAAAUGCUGGAACCGGGCAAACCUCCGCCCUCAAAGAAAGCUAGAAAGGAGCGUAGUCGUGGAAAAGCUACUACUGCUACAAGCUCAAACGAAAUCAUGGAAGAUCAUAUCUGGAAAGAUUUUCCAGAGGACCUCUUUGAAGCUGUAAUAGCAAGACUUCCCAUAGCGACGUUUUUCCGCUUCCGUUCAGUUUGUCGGAAGUGGAAUUCAUUGCUGACUUCUCAAAGCUUCUCCCAGCAAUGUGCUCAAGUAAAGCAUGCAAAGUCUUGGUUCUACACCAUCACCCACGAGAAUGUCAAUACUGGAGCGAUGUAUGAUCCGUCAUUGAAGAAGUGGCACCAUCCAACAGUGCCUGCGUUGCCAACCAAACUAAUUGUGUUGCCAGUGGCAUCAGCAGGAGGUCUCAUAUGCUUCCUUGAUAUUGGGCACAGAAGCUUCUAUGUGUGUAACCCUCUGACGAGGUCAUUCAAGGAGUUGCCAGCGAGGUCUGUGAAGGUGUGGUCGCGCGUAGCUGUUGGGAUGACGCUGAAUGGUAGCUCUGCCAGCUCAGGGUAUAAGAUCCUUUGGGUAGGUUGUGAGGGGGACUACGAAGUGUUCGACUCUGCAAAGAACUCUUGGAUUCGCCCAGGAAGCAUGCCCCCGAGUAUCAAGCUUCCACUAGCGCUCAACUUCAGGUCUCAGGCGGUUUCAGUUGAUGGGACGCUGUAUUUCAUGCGGUCAGACCCGGAAGGGUUGUUGUCGUAUGAGAUGGAGAACGGGAUGUGGAAACAGUAUGCAAUCCCGGUUCCUCUGCACCUGAGUGAUCAUACACUGGCGGAGAGUGGGGGAAGGAUAAUGCUGGUGGGGCUGCUGACGAAGAAUGCAGCGACAUGCGUGUGCAUAUGGGAGCUGCAGAAGAUGACUCUGCUGUGGAAGGAGGUUGACAGAAUGCCAAACAUAUGGUGCUUGGAAUUUUAUGGAAAGCACGUUAGAAUGACUUGUCUGGGUAACAAAGGCUUGCUUAUGUUAUCCCUCAGGUCAAGACAAAUGAAUCGACUAGUUACUUAUGAUCUUUCGAGCCGGGAAUGGCUCAAGGUCCCUGGCUGUGUGCUACCGCGCGCAAGGAAGAGGCAAUGGAUUGCUUGCGGCACUGCUUUUCACCCUUGUUUGACUGCUAUCGCUUAGUCUUCAAAUUCAAUUUUCGAACCAAAUAAUCUAUGUAUAUUAUGGAUCAAUCCAUCCUCGUUAUUGUUUCUGAAUUACUCUUUGAACUACUUCAUUCAA